UCGCGGUGGGGACAUGCUUGGCCGAGGGACACAGAGUUCGUGUUGUGCUCUUCGUUGAUUUUCUCCGCCAUGCUCCCCAGGGUUUCGGUGUUCCUGCCUGUUCGCCCUUUCUCGGGUCUUUCUUUGUCCUCCGGAAGCCGAGAGGCCUCGGGGGCUGUGAGCAUGCCAUUCGCUGCUCUGACCGGAACUGUCAGGACAGAAAAUAAUAUCCAAAGGUAUUUUGGCAUUAGCAGCGUGAUCUAUAACAAGAAAGAUAAGCGGUCUGUUCCAGCCAGUGAGAUUUCCAAGAAGACUUUAGAGAGCCCAGGCAGAGAAAAGGAGACUAUGAAAAAAGGCCUGCUAGACAUUAUUAAGGGCAUGAAAGUUGAAUCAAGCACAGCAACUGUACAAACAAAGCCAUCUCACAGAAAACCUCAUAGAAGUUUGGAGACUAAGAUUGAUGGGCUUCAAAGAGCUACAGAAGAUGCUCCAAAGAAGGGAAAUGAGCCCCUCAGUCCUGAGUUGGUGGCAGCUGCAUCUGCUGUUGCAGAGUCUUUACCUUUUGACAGACAGACAACCAAGUCAGAGCUGCUCAAGCAGCUCCAGCAACAUGAGGAAGAGUCAAGGGCCCAGCAAGAGAGAGAGAAAUCUAAAAUUAGUUUCAGUAACAUAAUAUCAGAUAUGAAGAUUGCCAAACCCUCUUCUACUAGAGUUAGUAGAAGGCCAGAGCAUCAGAUUCAGUUUGAUGAAGAAUCGGACAAUCUUCUUGACAAGGAGAAGACAACUGAUCGUAGAAAAGGGAAAAAUAUAUUCAAGGGGAAAAGACUUAAUAUUUUUGACAUAAAGUCAUUCACUGAUGAAGCACCUGAACCAGUAUCACCUUCUCUCUGGGAGAUAGAAUUUGCUAAGCAAUUAGCCACUGUUAAUGAACAGCCCAUUGAAAAUGGCUUUGAGGAGAUGAUCCAGUGGACAAAGGAGGGGAAACUGUGGGAGUUCCCACUUAACAAUGAAGCAAGUUUUGAUGAUGAUGGCUCAGAAUUUCAUGAACAUAUAUUUCUGGAUAAGCACUUGGAGGGCUUCCCUAAGCAAGGACCCAUUCGCCACUUCAUGGAGCUGGUGACUUGUGGACUUUCUAAAAACCCAUAUCUGAGUGUUAAACAGAAGGUGGAGCAUAUAGAGUGGUUUAGAAACUAUUUUAAUGAAAAAAGGGACAUUCUCAAAGAAAGUAACAUACAGUUCACUUAACAUCAUGAAGAAAGUUUUACUUAAGCGUUAAAAAUGAAUAUUAUAAUUAAUUAAGAAUUUUAUCAAAGUUUCUGUGUCAAUUAUUGUGCCUCAUUUGGUAUAAA